CCAAACUAACCGAUGAUGUCAGUUCUGGCGGGUGUUUACAAAGAGACAGACAUAUAAAAAUACCUUAUAGCUUAAAAAUGUCAAACAAAACAAGUGAAUUAGAAAUAAGUGAAAAUAAAAACAAUGAUCCAAAAGCCACUGAAAGAUCAACAGUUUCUUUAAAAAACAGAGCUAAGCAACUUUUCAAUAACAUAACUGUUGAGCCAUUUUUACUAUGUUACUUACUACCAAUGAUAAUAAAUGGUACAGCAUUGCAAAAAUUUCAUAUAUUGAAAGAGUGCCGUGCGGAUUUAGGUUAUUCAGAAAGUAUUUGUGAAAAUGUUGUUACUGGUAUUGUACCUGAUAACAUAACAGCGGAAGCUUCGAAUGGAGCACAAAUAUUUGUAGCUGAUAUGCUUGCUUGGACACAGCCAUUGCAGACGGGAUUACCAGCUUUUAUAGUUCUCUUUAUUGGAGCUUGGAGUGAUAAAACUGGAAACAGGAAAGCUUUGAUGAUCAUACCUAUAUUAGGAGAAAUGAUAUCCUCAUUUGGUUUAUGUCUUGCUACGUAUUUCUUCUUGGAAUGGCCGCUGUGGGUCAUAGGUUUAAUUGAAGCGCUCCCGUCUGCACUUUCAGGAAGCUUCUCAGUUGCUUUCAUGGGAUCAACUAGCUAUGUUGCGGAUGUAACUACAGUGGAGUCUAGAACAUUGAGAAUGGGAGUUGUAGUACUUAUAGUUUCCGUGAGUUUUCCUCUAAGUAGUGCUCUUGGUGGUUACUUGACCGAAGUACUUGGCUACUUAUGGUUGUUUAUAGCGACGACAGUUUUAUUUGCUAUUGGAUUUAUACACACAUGUUUUCAUGUUAAAGAUGUCAGACGUCAACCACUGCAAGGAACAAUUUGGAACAAGCUUACGCAAUUUUUUAAUUUCGAAAUUUUAUUGUCAUUUCUAAAUUUGUUUCGCGGGAAGAAGCUUCUUCGUGUAAUACUAAUUCUUGGUGCUUAUAUAGAUAUAAUUGGACCAAUUUUUGCUGUAGGAAAUUUGAAAAAUCUAUACGCCCUCAAAAAGUAUGGAAUGACUAACGCCGCGUUCAGUAUAUUCACAACAUAUUCCCAAGUAUUAGGAAUGGCAGGCACCGCAAUUGUUAUUGUGGUUUUCAGCAAAUACUUGAAAAUGCAUGACACACUUCUUGGUGUUAUUAUAUCAAUAAGUAAAAUAUUAGGAAACAUUUUCUUUGCCUUGGCCCCAAACGUUGGGUGGUUUUAUGUCGCACCUAUUAUUGAUAUGUUUGGGAACGCCGGAGGUUUAGUUGCCAAAUCAUUUGGAACGAAAAUCGUUGAAGUUCACGAAAUUGGAAAAAUCUGUUCCCUUCUUGCAUUUAUGGAAUCAAUAAGUCCAGUAAUAUACUCACCUCUAUUCACUAAGGUAUAUUCGAUAACCCUUAACACAAUGCCAGAGGCUUUCUUCUACCUUGGCGGUAUCAUGACUGUACCUGGUUUAUUCGCUUAUUUAGCUCUCUAUUUCUUGCAUAAAAGAGAUGAAAGAGACGUCGUAAAGAAUCCCGAAGCAAAAGAGGAGCACGCGCAUGAAAAUUCAGUUACAGUUCUAUGAUCAGCGGGAAUUCCUCGGAAUAGUACUGUGCAUAUGUUUUAAGAACUACGUUAAUUUCCAUUGUUUAAUUUCAUGAAAUGGAAUUCAAUAUAAUAAAUCAAUGUAUAUAUGGCGCCCAAAGAUGGCGCCUUUUUGACAUAAGCCAUAGAGUAAACAAACUUCGGUGAUUUGACAUUGGACUCGCACCGUAAUUACACAAACAAUGGUAUAAUAAUAUAUUCUAUGUUUAAUAAUGUUUACAUUUUAUAUAAAUGUUUCUAAUGCAAAUAA